AUGACAGAGACUACCACAUGGAGAAACAGAACAACCGUCACUGAAUUCAUUCUUUUAGGAUUUGGAAAUCUUCAGGACCUUCAGAUUCCUCUAUUUCUGUUGUUUCUCCUGGUCUAUAUUGUGACUGUGGCUGGAAACAUCGCCAUUGUUUUCUUAGUUGCAACAGACAGACAACUUCAGACUCCGAUGUACUUUUUCUUAGGCAACUUGUCCUGCCUGGACACCUGCUACAGCUCAACCAUCUUGCCCAGGAUGCUGGCCAGUGUUUUCAGUGGAGACAGUGCAGUGACAUUCAAUGGCUGCCUUAUACAACUAUAUUGCUUUUGCUUCUUGGCAAUUGCAGAAUGUUAUCUGUUGGCUGUGAUGGCUUAUGAUCGGUACCUUGCCAUAUGCAAACCAUUGCGUUAUGCCAUUCUUAUGAAUGCUAGAACUACCAUCCAACUGGCCACAGGUGCUUGGUUAUGUCCCAUCAUUGUUCUGACUGUAAUCAUACUGUUACUGUCAGGACUGACAUUCUGUGGCCCCAAUGUAAUUGACCACUUUUUCUGUGAUCUCGGCCCAGUGGUUAGUCUCUCCUGUACAGACAUCAAAUGGGUCAUGUGGACCAUCUUCAUAAUGUCCUGCAUAGAUACCUUUCCCCCAUUUCUACUCACCCUGACAUCUUAUGUUUUUAUCAUUUCUACCAUUCUGAGGAUCCCAUCCACCAAAGGUAGGCAAAAAGCUUUUUCCACCUGCUCCUCUCACCUUACUGUGGUAACAUUUUUCUAUGGGACCCUAAUUAUGGUGUAUGUCUUACCCAAAACCAAUAGUAUGGGAGAUCUAAAGAAAAUGUUCUCUGUUUUUUACACUGUAUUGACUCCCCUAGCCAAUCCCAUUAUAUACAGCUUGAGAAACAAAGAGGUUAAGGAGUCCCUGAGAAAAGCCUUUGGUAAAGUGAAUAUCAUAAUAGGAAUUUAG